GAUUUAAUCAUUGUUUUGGGGGUUAAAGACCGUCCGCAGAGCAAUGUGUUUCUGUGAGGUUUGGCUUUAGUCUGCCAGCUGCUCUCAUUGUCACUCUGAGAAUACAGAAGAAAAAAAAUGCAGCUUUGGUACAUUGCAGCUAUUUUUUUGUGCGAUGUCGCUGGUACAGAGGCAAAGGCAGUACAUAGCCUUCCUGAUUUUGGAAAGAGCUAUCAUGUCAAAGGAAUCAUCUCUCUGCCCUAUGCUGAAAUUGAGGAACCAUUUGAGGCCUGGUUAGACCUAACAGCAAAGUCAAGCCGGAUAGACUACUACCACGGCCAGGUUUUGACUUACCAGUUAGCUUCAGAGCAGCAGUAUGGCACUGCCUAUAAGAUCUCGCCUGAGACCACUGAAGAGGAGCUAAAUGUGAUGAAGUGCUUCCAGAUUAACGGAACAAAGGACGAAGCAGUCACACCGCAGGCUGCGCUCCCCGAUGUGCAGGGCUUCCAGUUCCUGAGGGUGGAGUACUACAGAGGUUCCCUGUGUGAAGUCUGGCAGAAUGUGACCACUGUGGGUUACAAGAAGAACACGUACACACUGUGGGUGACACAUUCAGAGCGAGGUGCAGAUGGAGGAAAAGACACCCCCAUUCCCAUUCACUAUGAGAUGAUGGGAUACAACACUCUGCUGGGGUCUCAUUACGACAAGUACUUGGUGGAAUACAAGGAGUUCAGCACUGAGGUGAACCCCAAAGUCUUCCUGCUGCCUGAAGGCAUGAGUUGUGGUGGGUUUCCUGGUCCUGGAGUGGAGCACCAUAUGUUGGCCAAUCCAAUGAAAGAUCUCAUCCACACCUCAGCGUCAGGCCAGUCACAGCGCAUGUUCAGCCAUUUCAAGGACAAGUUCCAGCGGCAGUACAGCGAUGAAAGGGAGCACGAGAAGAGGGAGCAUGCUUUUGUUCUUAACCUACGGUACAUUCACUCUAAGAACAGAGCGGGCAUGUCUUUCUCUCUGGCUCUGAACUCUCUGUCGGAUCGCACCAUGUCUGAGCUGGCAACCAUGAGGGGAAGAAAAAGGGGAAAGACCCCAAACAGAGGGCUCCCCUUCCCCUUCAAAGCUUACAAAAGAGUCAAUCUUCCCGAGUCACUCGACUGGAGGCUUUAUGGCGCCGUGACCCCAGUAAAGGACCAGGCCAUCUGUGGCUCCUGCUGGAGCUUUGCCACCACUGGAGCAGUAGAGGGCGCUCUCUUCUUAAAGACGGGCUCUCUGCAGGUUCUGUCUCAGCAGAUGCUGAUCGACUGCUCCUGGGGUUUCGGUAAUAACGGCUGCGAUGGCGGGGAGGAGUGGAGAGCGUACGAGUGGAUCAUGAAGCAUGGAGGCAUCGCCACAACGGAAACAUAUGGCGCCUACAUGGGGAUGAACGGAUUUUGCCACACGAACUCAUCCGAGCUCACUGCACGUAUCCAGAGCUACACGAACGUCACGUCUGGCGAUCAACUGGCCCUCAAGCUGGCGCUCUUUAAAAACGGCCCCGUUGCCGUGAGUAUCGACGCAUCACAUCGCUCGUUUGUUUUCUACAGUAACGGCGUCUACUACGAACCUGCUUGUGGGAACACUGUGGAUGAUCUGGACCAUGCUGUGCUUGCAGUGGGAUAUGGCACCCUGAAUGGAGAGCCAUACUGGCUCAUCAAGAACUCUUGGUCCACAUACUGGGGCAAUGAUGGCUACAUCCUCAUGUCUAUGAAGGAUAACAACUGUGGUGUUGCCACUGAUGCUACAUAUGUUACACUGGCAUAGACUGUCUUCUUUUAAAGCCUUUAUGUUGCUGCUGAUGCCACUUCAUGACUGCUGAAUUACACUUAAUCUUGAUGUGUGUGUUAGGCCAGCUUUAUGGGAAAAAAGCCUAAGAACUUAUCGUGGACUGAACUAAACAUGGCAGCCUGAUUGGGAGGAGACAGCACUACAGUGUUGCAUUGAUAACAAGACAAACUGGAUCAUUGUGAAGUAAAAGGUGUUACGUCCCGAUAAUCUAUUUUGUCUCUGUGGUGUUAGUUUUUUAAUUGCUGCUGGAAGGCAGAAUUUUUAUUGAAAACAAAUUUAAAUAAAUUUGCUGGUCCCAGGAAGUUAUUAA